CACUGAUCCCACUGACCCCAUCGAAGUCCUGACUUCGUGUCUCGCCCUCUCUAUGUAGUAGUCGGUGGGUCCCUCAUCAUCCACGUGUUGGAAGUUCCCUCUAGUCCUGUGGUCGUCAUCACGUGCCAUCCAUCAGUAAUGAAUGGCGAUAAUGAUAUUGAUAUGAACUUUGCCGGGAAUAUGGAAGUGGCCCUCCCGCCCAUUGGUCCGGCAGUGCGCGGGGAGGCCGGACACACCCACUUGAUGGCACAUAUCCGACAGCCGGACUCUCUCAAGCUCAAUUGUGCUCUCCAGAUCUUAAAGUGGUUCCACGGGAUUGCGGAUCGCAUCGAGAGACAACAUGGCGACAAAUCAUGCGAGCAAAUGUUCCUGGUGGGUGUUCAGGGCGAGAUCUCUAAACCGGCUGAGGAUCGGGAUUACAGCUAUUUUUUGGCCAAGAUUCAAGAGGUCCGAGAUUUCUUGGCCCAAAGUCUGGUUCAGAGUGCCCUGGAAGACCUCGUGCGAACCGCCCUUGAUAUCUACAACCGCUUUGAUAACCGACGUCGAAUGGGCGUGGAGAUCAUGGUAUUGGCCAUGAUGCUCAACAAACAUUCCAAUUGGUUCGAGAUCCCGGACAAGUAUCAUUCGCCCACGUUUGUUUUGGAAAUGCUCGUGUCCUGCAGGCAUCGUUUUCAAAAGCCAAAUAAGUGCUACUUUUGGUCUCGGCAAUCCCAGCGCCUUCUGUCGUGUGCCUUCAUGCAGACAAGGCAUCUGACCAAGCUCAAAUUGGCGAUUGUGAAUGAUCAUUUGUUGAAAGCGCUCGCGAUCCAUUGCAGACAUUUGCAGGAACUGGAAGUUCAAUUUGCCAUGGAUGUCACAGAAGAGGGGUUGUAUGCAUUGGCUGGGAAAUCCAAGAAAAACCGGGAUCAAGGCAAGCCGGAAGCAUCCCCGUAUGCCUACCAAUUGCAUAGGGACUUUGGUCGGCCCAAGGAGUGGUUCAUCAAAGACUCACUCUUGUUCACCAGUCCCACUGCCUUAUGCUCAGUGGGCAGAGCCUAUUCGGACAUCUUGCCCGAGUUCUUCGAAACCGGGUUCGGAUGCAAGGACCUGGUCAAACUUCGGAUUAAUGGCGACUUCAUCUUCCCUCCGUUAGCUCGACGCUACGAAAAGAGUCAAAUUGCCGGUAAACCUCAGAAGGGACCGAUCCUCGAAAAUGGCUUCUAUGUGAUACUCCUAAGUCUGACCAAGCUGAAGAGUCUGACUAUGCCAGGGUUGCCGAUGGUGAUUGCACGAUUGGGUAAGGUGUGCAGAUGGCAAACCCUGAACAAAAUCAACAUCCCUAUCCAGAGCCUCAAAUUGGACCGGGAUCUGUUGUUCCACAACGAGUUCGACACACUGGCUCUGGUAUGUAAAAACAUCACGGAGAUCAGCAACGUCUCGCCGGAGUGCUCCAAGGACUUUGGCGAUUUCAACAAUGUCGGAGGCACCUUGUAUGAUCGGCAUUUCUCGCCGGAAGUGUGUUCCUUCCUCAAGAAGUUCCAAAGUCUCCAAGUGUUCCGUGGUAGGAUGACCUUGCCCUGUUUCAACAGCUUCCUACGCUUGCGUGGCACCCAAAUUCGCAAGAUCCAGCUGACCACAACGGUCACGAGUAUGGCGGAUUUAGUCACAUUCCGGAAAUAUGUGCCCAAUCUGCAGGUCUUCGAAGGAAGGGUCCAUGUCUCGGUGAACUCGUCUUCACCUUUCCAAGGAAGUAGCAGCCCUCAUCCAAAUCAACAUAACCCCGUUUUGUCCCAUUUGCUUUCGCACAAAGACGAGGAAUCCAGCCUCUGGGAAGCCAAAGGCAUUCCAGGAUCCUUCUCCACUGAGCUCCUGGAUCUCUUGGAGAAGUAUCCUUUGAGUAAGUUGCUCAAGAUCGACGUGGAAGGGCGGAUGACAAUUCCAGUGAUGCAACUAUUGGCAGGCAAUGCCGAGUUCCUCGAAGACCUUUACAUCACCAAUUCUCCCAUGAAUGGGGAUGCCAAGGCUCUGAACGACGAGUGGCUGGAAGCCCUGGUUCACGUGAACCACCUCAAAAGCAUCAAAAACCUCACUCUCCGGAUGGACAACGACCAAGUCGUGGAAUCGGGCUGCUUUUCCGAGCGAGGCCUAACUAAGUUCCUCCACCAUUGUCUCCGCUCCAGCCCCAAAUUGACUGAGCUCACGGGCGAAUUCACCCGCAUUCCGGACAAAAUCCUGCGGGCCAAAACCGACUCGUUUGUGCAGAAAGGCUUACGUCGACUUCGAGUCCGCAAUGCCGUGCCCUACCGUCGAUUUGAGAACGUGCACGAUAGCGAGCGAUUCUACGGAAUGAACGAGGGCUAUCAAAACAUGGUUCAUAACCAGCCAUUCCAGUUGUACCACCAUCCUUUCCCUGUACCACAUGUUCCUGAAGAGCAAAGGAACAAUGAGGCCGGACCAGUGCGAGGUUCCUCGAGUGCGAAUCAGAAUCUUCACCGGCGAUUCCAGGGCUACGUGUUCAGACCUUAUCCGAAACCACCGGUUGUUGGUGGUUCCGAAUCGGAUUGAGUUUGGUACAUGAGGGAUCCGUUGCAUCGCGCCUCUGUUUGUUAAACUUGACUUUGAUUCCCAAUCCUCUUAUAAUCUCCUCUGAUUCUUAACCACAUCACCUUCCGGAUUCUUUUCCUCUAAACCAACAGCCUCCUUACAGUCUAGAUACCAUAUUGUACACUGCUAUUACUCAAAUAGUCGAUAACAAGAACAACAACAAUAUUAAUAAAGAUAUGAAAAAAUUCCUA